AUGGUCCCUCCAUUGAUUACCCUAGAAGAGCACUAUCUAUCUCAGAACGUUCGCAAGCAUCUCGCCGAUACGGGUCGCAAAGACCCUUAUGCCGACUUCCCAGCUCCCCUAAUAGACAAACUCGCCUCUUUGGGCCCAGACCGUCUAGCAGCGCUGGACUCUGGCAAAGUCUCUNUGCAGAUCCUUUCACACAGCCCAUUGAAUGCAUCUCCUCGAGAAUGCCAGACGACAAAUGAUAACCUGGCCUCUACUAUCAAAGACCAGGCUCGAUACGCCGCUUUCGCCCUCUUACCCAUGGCUUCUCCCUCAGAGGCAGCCACCGAGCUUGAGAGAUGUGUCAAACAGCACAAAUUCGUUGGUGCGCUGAUCAACAACCACUGCAAUGGCACGUUUUACGAUGGCGCAUCCUUCCGCCCUGUUNUUGCCAAAGCCGAAGAGCUCGACGUGCCCAUCUACAUCCAUCCAACCUUUGCUGCAGAUGAAUGGAUGCCCCACUACCGUGGCAACUUUGGCGAGAAAGCCGCGCAGAUGAUGAGUAUAGCAGCCUGGGGUUGGCACUCUGAGACUGGCUUGCACGUCCUUCGUCUCUGGGCUUCCGGCCUGUUUGACGAGUUUCCAAAGCUGAAGAUUAUUAUUGGACAUAUGGGAGAAAUGUUACCCUACCAACUCGACCGCAUCACCUCUUCUUCUGCUUCUUGGGCACCAGACAACAAACGCAGCCUCUCCCAAGUCUGGAAAGAGAACUUCUGGAUCACCACAUCCGGCAUGUUCAGUCUAGCUCCGUUGAGUUGUUUGCUGAGGAUGUGUGCCAAGGACCGCAUUUUGUAUUCUGUAGACUACCCAUUCAGUGGCAAUGAAAAAGGCUUGAAGUUUAUUGAAGAGGUACAGGCGAGCGGCAUGGUGAGUGAGGAGGAUUUGGAGUUGAUUUGCUACAAGAACGCCGAGAAGUUGCUUGGAGUCAAGGCGCUGCAAUGA